AUGGCGUUGGGAGAUCCUAAUGAUAUGGAACAGGUCCGCGAGUGGAUAACAUAUGGACUUGGACUCCUUAGGAAGACAACAGGAAAACUGUUUCAGCACCAGCCGAACCAGCCAGCCAGAAUUCAGACCAGCCGAACUGGCCUAUGUACCACCUGUAAUGCAAAGGUGCACUCUGCAAAUACACUAGCUCAGAGAGACCAGCGAGUGCAUGUGCUGCCACUUCAAGCUGCUACUAUUCCAGCUGCCUCCGGUUUUGAUGAGGGAAAAGCUUUUGUUAUUACCCAUGGUAUCAAGGAGGAAGAAGAGGAAGUGGAUUCUUGGCUCCUGCUAACGGAGGAUUCUGAUUAUAGCAAUUGUACCAACUCCAUCGCCACUGCAAACAGCAAUAGCAACAAGAAAAUGGUUUUUGGUGAUGUAGAUCAAUAUUUUGAUUUUAGUGGAUAUAAUCCGUACUAUCACAGCAACAUCACCGGAAACCCAGAGGAGCAGUACAGAAUGCAAGAGCAACAGCAGAUACAUAGAAGGUAUCUAGAGAGGGAAUGGAGCGACUGUGUAGUACCUUCACAGCUCGCCAUGGUAUAUGAGCAGCAGCAGAGUGUUUAUGGAAUUGGAGGGGCAAAAAACGCGGCCUCUGUCACCAGCAGCAUAUCUCUUUCAUCAAUGGAGGUGGGUAUAGUACCAGACAAUACCAUAGCAGGUAUAUCAAACCUCAAUAUUCUGAGAACUGGUGGGGUGGACCUAUUACAAGUCCGCUCGUUUCAGAUGCCAGUGCAUUUGAGCCCCAGGGACAGAGCAGCCAGGAUCCUUAGGUACAAGGAGAAAAGGCAGGCAAGAAAGUUUGAUAAGACCAUAAGGUAUGCAACAAGAAAAGCAUAUGCUGAAGCACGGCCCCGGAUCAAGGGUCGCUUCGCCAAAAUAUCAGAUGUAGAGUUUAAAGUGGAUCAGAUGUCCUCGCCACCAGAUCUACCCAAUAGUAGCUAUGGUACCAUUCCAUGGUUCUGA